AUGUUACCUUUGGAUGGUCGCAGCGAGACGAUUUUUAUCGUGACUACUAUUUUCUUGGGCCUUUCGUUCAUAGCGGUCUGUCUGCGAUGCUUUGUCCGGCUCAGGCUCGUAAAGGCCUUUGGCUACGAUGAUGCGCUGAUGGUCUUUGCAAUGGUCUUGAAUGUCCUGUUCGCCCUUUGUGGUAUCACCGGUGCCCUAUAUGGAAUGGGCCAAAGAACCCCGGUACUUCUGGAGCGCGGCACCAUGGAAACUGCCAUGUUUUGGUGGUGGCUUGGCCAAACGAGCUAUGUCUGGGUUUGCGCAAUCGCCAAGAUCUCGAUCGCCGUUGCCCUUCUCCGUCUCACCGUCGCUAAAGUUCAUACCGUCAUCCUAUGGGUCGUCAUCGGCGUCACUGGGAUCAUUGGUCUAAUAUUCUGGUUCAUGUUGACCCUACAGUGCACGCCAGUUUCGUUCUUUUGGCAGCGAGUCCGGCUGGAGCUCGAGCCACCGGUCUAUGUUUCCGGCACUUGCAUGAAUCUCAAUAGUAUCAUCGCCAUCGCCUACGUCUAUAGUGUCGUCGCUACAUGCUGUGAUCUGACUCUGGGACUCCUGCCGGUGUUCCUCGUGUGGAACUUGCAGAUGAAUAUACGGACCAAGGCUGCUUUGGCCGGUAUUCUGGGCAUGGGUUGCGUUGCCAGUGCCGCAGUCAUCGUUCGCAUUCCCUAUCUGCAGGACUAUAAGGACCCCGAUUUCUUAUACGCGACCACCAACAUCUCCAUUUGGUCCAACGUUGAAGCCAGUCUGGGCAUUGCUGCCGGUAGUCUCGUUACCCUCCGCCCACUCUUCCGCUGGUUUCGCGAUCCCAGUUCCGCUGGCAGUCGGAGCAAAAGCAAGCGGACAGGAGGCAGCGUACCGUUGUCCAGUGUGAACGCUCCACGGUCGGACCCCUCAGGGCCUCAGUACUGGCGCCCGGACCUGGACCCAGAGGAUUCGCAGGCAGUAAUCACGACCAUCCAUACCUCGAAUCAUGGCAGCCGUACGAGUAGCCAGGAGGAUCUGAAUCCCAAGCACGGGACCUUCUUUUCCGGGGUGAAUGUGCAGAAGACCUUUUUCGUUUCUGGGGAGGAUUCUCGGUGA